GGCAUCAGAAAAUGCAACGAGACGAGAAUACCAACAGCAACAGCAACAACAGCGGCCCGCCCGCGCCAACACCAAGCCACCACAGCGGCGACUCCUCCCAGCACCCGUCGCCAGACACCAUAGUCGAGGCCAUGACGCCAUAUGCCGCCAUGGUGUGCGGCGAGCCCUCGCCACAAGUCUCCAGCGAGCCCGAGAUCAUCCCCCUGAACACCCCGCUGAUGACCCGGAUGGAGGACGUGGCAUGCUGGCACCAAGUCCCCGGCAGCACCGCCCCCGCCCAGGAGGAGUACGACUACGACGUGAUGCUGAACCACCACAAGUUCGGCCUCUACCCCUCCCCGCCUCCGGUGCCCAGCGCCCUCACGCUGGCAGAACAGCAGACGGGCGAGGCCAGCGGUGUUGCCGGCAACGGGUUCACAAGCGCCGACGUUUAUGCCAGGGCCGACGACUACUCGACGGCUUUCAACAAUGUCGACUUCUCCUGGCCGACGAUUUCACCGUACCCAGAGGUGCCCCAUGAAUAUAACAUGAGCUGGCAAACCCAGCCCCAGGACGUCUUUGCCAGCCCCCAGGCGCAAACAUCGGGGGUGCCAGCAUUGACCAAGCACCACCACAGCGCGCCCUACCAGCACCAGCGGUUUGACACCUUCGCCUUGGGCUCGGGCCCCGUCCACUCGGAGCAAGCGACGUCUGCGGCCCCGGCCUCAUCCUACUCGCCGCUGCAGUACACCACCGCCGCCGCCGCCGUCGAUACUCCGGUUCUGUUCGCCCACAGCCCGACGCCCGAUCUCGGGUACUCGGGGUCGCCCACGCCCAGCUUCAGCCAGAGCAGCUGCGUGACGCCGCGGGCCAGCUUCCAGCACGCCGCCGCCGGCAUGGGCAGCAGCCAGGCUUUGCCCGUGAGGAGCAACGGCAACCGCUUUGCCGGCGGCAGCGGCCUCGUUGCCGGCGACGGCUUCGCCGGCCAGCAGCAGCAGCAGCAGCAGCAUGGGUGGCAACAAGGGAGCGGCGGCACACUGGCUGGCGCGGAUGAUGAGGCCUUCCUCAAUCAGUACGCCGGGAGCGAUGACCACGGGCUUGCGGACGCGCCCUCCUCCACUCAAGGGCAGAGCCCGAGCCGGCUGUCCAGCGACCAGGGGGGGUCGGCAAAGAAGGACAUUCCCUAUUCCAAGCUCAUCUUCCAGUGCUUCCGGGACAACGGGUUCAAGCCCAUGGAGCUGCAGGAGAUCUACGAUUGGUUCGACAAGAACACCAACAAGCGCCAGGAAGACCCGCGCGGGAGAGGCGGGUGGAUGAAUAGUAUUCGCCACAACCUCAGCAUGAACCGGGCCUUUACAAAAGAUGACCCCCGCGAAAGUGGUCCGCCACAAGGCGUUUCUGGAGGCGGUACGUCAGGCGGUAGGAGGAGGAAGAAGGGGGCGUCGCCACGCGAGAAGCACGCCACCUGGUAUGUGACGCCCGAGGCCAUCAAGGCCGGGGGCGUGCUGCCGACGACGCGCGACAGGAACAAGGGACGGGCCAAGGGCGGCGCUAGCAGGCUCUGCAGGCAGCCGCAGCAAUAUCACCAGCCGCCAUCAUACUCGUUGUCAUCGUCGUCAUCACACAACAACCAGUUCGGCAUACCCUCAGCAGCUGCCGGUCCAUCCCAGCCCAUGGCCUUGCAGCUACGUGGCCAGGACAACCACAACCACCACCACCACCACCACCACCGCGCCUACCACCACCACCUCCCCACCUCGUCCCCACGCCCGCCGCCCCCACCGCCCGGCAGGCCAGCUGUCGGCUACCGCGGGCCCGGGCCCGCCGCCGCGCUGGCGACGACGCCCCUGGCCCACCAGGACCUGCACUCCUACCAGCCGGGCUUCGACUCCCACCACCACCACGGCUUGCCGAGCGAGGACGUGAUGCACCUGUGCGGCCCCCAGCUGCAGCUGCCGCAGCAGCCCCUCCACGACUACCAGCCGCGCGAUUACCACACGCAGCAGCAGCAGCAGCAGCACUACUACGGCUACCUGGAACACGAGCGUCGGCAACAGCAGCAACAGCAGCGUGACAGGCUGGCCAUGCAGCAGGCGCCACUGCAGGCGGCCGGCGGUGGCGGCCAUCAGAUUGGUGCCCGCUACCACGGCGACUACCAGCAGGAUGCUGCCGUGCCACCACCACCUCCACCACCACCGCUACCCGCCUCCGCCUCGAGCUGCUACGGGGUGGUGCCGCUGAUGGCGCCGGCGAGUCUACCCGUCAACCCGGUCUCUGGCACCACCGGGUCCGCUUCUGCAGGCACUCUAGCCCCUCGCGCCGCCGCCGCCGCCGCCGCCGCUGCUGCGUUUGAGAACGCCCACGUCGCAUCCAACGCGUUUGCUCCCAUCAACAACCAGCAGCAGCAGCAGCAGCAGCAGCCGCAAGCCCACCCAACAACAACUCCCAUCAAGGCGGAGACGUCGCCACCAGCCGUGGCAGACGACGAGGACGCAGAUGCCGAUGCCGAUGCCGACGUCGACGUCGACGUGGCGUUGCUGCACCAGCGGCAUGCGGGCGGAGCAGCAGCUGACGACCUUGCGCCUCGGCCUGCAAGGCCCGGCUCCCCGCUGGCAAGGGGCGGCGGCGGCGGCGAGGGCCGCUGGUCGCGUGGGAGGCGGCGAAGCCAUCCUGGGUGGUCGGGGUGA